CUCCUCAUGGCCUCCUCCUCCGGAGCUCUGGAGGAGAGACUGUCCCCAUCGCAUACUCAGCGGUAUCUCUAGCUACCUUUAUGAGGAGGAGCUUGGCCAAAUAUGGGAGAAGGGGGAGGAUGGGUGCAGGGGGGGCACUUAGCCUCUUGGACAAAUCUUUUUUCCCCACUGUCAGGUAGCUGAGAGGGAAUUUGUUUGUCCAAAGAACUAGUAGACAUGGAUAUGGCAGACUAUAGCGAUGCCCUGGACCCAGCCUACACCACCCUGGAGUUUGAAAACAUGCAAGUGCUCUCCAUGGGCUCAGACUCCUCGCCGGCUGAGAGUGCCAACAUGAAUGCAGCCAACCACCUCGGAGCGGGCACCCUGUGUGCCAUCUGUGGGGACAGGGCCACGGGCAAACACUAUGGGGCCUCCAGCUGUGACGGCUGCAAAGGCUUCUUCCGUCGGAGCGUUCGCAAAAAUCACAUGUAUUCAUGCAGGUUCAGCAGACAAUGCAUUGUGGACAAAGACAAGAGGAAUCAAUGCAGAUACUGUCGAUUGAAGAAAUGCUUUCGAGCUGGCAUGAAAAAAGAAGGUAUACAAUUCAUUCAACUUCAUUCAAAUGCUGUACAAAACGAGAGAGACAGAAUCAGCACUAGGAGAUCUAGCUAUGAAGACAGCAGUUUACCAUCUAUCAAUGCACUUAUCCAGGCAGAUGUACUCUCAAGACAGAUAUCCUCACCUGGACCUAUACUGAAUGGUGACAUCAGGACAAAAAAGAUAGCGACCAUCACAGAUGUGUGUGAAUCAAUGAAACAGCAGCUGCUGGUGUUGGUGGAAUGGGCCAAGUACAUCCCUGCCUUCUGUGACCUGCCCCUGGAUGACCAGGUGGCAUUGCUGCGAGCCCAUGCAGGAGAGAAUCUUCUGAUUGGAGCUGCAAAGAGGUCUAUGUUGUACAAGGACCUCCUGUUACUAGGAAAUGACCACAUUAUUCCCCGGAACUGCCCGGAGAUGGAAGUGUGCCGGGUAGCAGUGAGGAUUCUGGACGAGCUAGUGCUGUCCUUCCAGGAACUCCAGAUAGACGACAAUGAAUACGCUUGUUUGAAAGCCAUUGUUUUCUUCGAUCCAGAUGCCAAAGGUCUGAGUGACCCAGGUAAGAUCAAGCGGAUGCGGUACCAGGUUCAGGUCAGCCUAGAGGACUACAUCAACGACCGGCAGUAUGACUCCCGGGGACGCUUCGGAGAGCUGCUCCUGCUGCUGCCCACACUACAGAGCAUCACCUGGCAGAUGAUCGAACAGAUACAGUUUGUCAAACUCUUUGGCAUGGCCAAGAUUGACAACCUGCUCCAAGAAAUGCUCUUAGGAGGUUCUGCUAAUGAGGCACCUCACACACCUCACUCGCUGCAUCCACAUCUGGUUCAAGAACACCUCAGCAACAAUGUCAUCGUUUCAAGCAACAUGGCUACUUCCAUCCACAAUGGCCAAAUCUCCACUCCUGGAACCCCAAUCCCCUCUCCUCCCACAGCCUCCAGUUCAGAACACUAUAAGAUGGCACAAGGGGUUAUAGCCACUGUGCCCAAGCAUUCUAUCUCCAUCCCUCAGCUCACCAUCACCAAGCAAGAAGCCAUCUAACACAGAACUGGACCCCACAAACCCAUCCAACAAAGCAUUUACAAUUUUACCAUCUUCGCUAGCAUCUCUGUUUCUCUAUAAACAUGCUCAGUAUAAAGGUGCAACAACAAUU